AUGACAGAUUCAAUCUCAGAAGCUCUCCGGCAGCUUCACCUAGCUGAGGAAUCUGCGAAUGACGAUGACAUUGACGACAUUCUCGAGAGAACAGCCCCCCGCCAGCAGCGCAAAACAGGCCCUGAGGAGCUGAAGGCGCGCCUCGAGCAGAAGUAUCUGACGCCUUCGCAGACCUUCUCUACAGAGUGGCUGAACAGGCUGCAACAGCGAUGGGACUCCCCUGUUGACUACACCGAACUCUUCGGCAUCGCGCCCACCCAAACUCGCACAGUAACUCGCUUCCUUCGAAAAGGCCUCGAGGGCAAGGUCGUUGGCUACAAGAAUGUCACCGUCACUGCCAACAGCGCGACAGCAAAGAACUCCACCUCCCUGACACGAAAGCCUGCCUCCCGAGCCGAUUUUGUGCGGGGUGCAGCUGGCUUCUUCCCGUUUGCUCCAGGUGGUCUGGAAGGUAUAGAAGCUACCGCUGCUCUGGAAGAUCAAGCGCUACGGAAUGAGGGAUACCUUGACGUGUCCUCGGGGACCAACAAGCUCGAGAGGGUCAUUAAGCUCGGCGAGGAGGGGAGACUUUUAGAGGUUGCUCCUGGCCUUUCAAGGGGCAUCGACUUCACCAGGAAAAAGAAGACACAGACCGGCGAGGACGAGGCCAAGGAGGUUGAGAAAGAGCUCGACCAGGAGCCAGAUCAAAUACCAGACGGGGAGCUGACCAAGAAUGGGGAGGCUGCUGUGAACGGCGAUGGCGCUACACCAGAGAACCAGCCCGAACCAGACGGAGAUGCAGACGAAGAUAUUGACUCGAUUCUCCCGGUCGAGUUCCCUGCCCUGGAGCCACAUGGCAAGCUCGUAGCGUCAAGUGCUAGAAAGGCUGGUCGCGAGUGGGCGCACAUGGUGGACAUCAAGCGGGAGAUACCCAACUUCCAUGAGCUGGUACCCAAUCCGGCCAGAGAAUGGCCCUUCGAGCUCGACACUUUCCAAAAGGAGGCUAUUUACCACCUUGAGAAUGGCGAUUCCGUCUUUGUGGCCGCUCAUACGUCAGCCGGAAAGACGGUCGUAGCAGAGUAUGCCAUUGCGCUCGCGGCAAAACACAUGACCAAGGCUAUCUAUACUUCACCUAUCAAAGCGCUCAGCAACCAGAAGUUUCGCGACUUUCGGGAGACCUUUGAUGAGGUCGGCAUUCUGACGGGUGAUGUUCAGAUCAAUCCCGAGGCGAGCUGCUUGAUCAUGACGACGGAAAUUCUAAGAAGCAUGCUCUACAGAGGAGCUGAUGUGAUCCGCGACGUCGAGUUCGUAAUCUUUGACGAGGUGCAUUACGUCAAUGACGCGGAGAGAGGCGUGGUGUGGGAAGAGGUCAUUAUUAUGCUCCCCGACCAUGUCUCACUGAUCCUCUUAUCUGCUACCGUGCCAAAUACACACGAGUUUGCCUCAUGGGUAGGGCGCACUAAGAAGAAGGACAUAUAUGUUAUCUCGACUCCGAAGCGACCAGUUCCACUGGAGCAUCACCUGUGGGCAAACAAGAAUAUCUACAAGAUUGUGGACUCGGAGAAGAAAUUCAUUGAGAAAGGUUGGAAAGAUGCCAACGCUGCUCUCCAACGCCGAGAUCAGCCCAAGACCGUUGAGGCUGCGAACACACGUGGAGGCGGCAACCAGAGGGGAGGCCGUGGUGGGCCCAACCAGAGAGGCGGCAACAAUCAGCGUGGAGGUCGUGGAGGUAAUAAUCAACGAGGAAGAGGAGGCCCUCCUCGAGCAAGCCAUAAUCCCGGACACAUGGGUCGCGCUGGCCGCGUAGGAGGCUUUACAUCAGCUGCACAGGACAAGAACCUGUGGGUCCACCUGGUACAAUUCCUGAAGAAGUCGACUCUGCUUCCGGCAUGCAUUUUUGUCUUCUCGAAGAAGCGAUGCGAGGAGAAUGCCGAUGCUUUGAGCAACCAAGACUUCUCCACGGCACAGGAGAAGAGCCACAUCCACAUGAUUGUCGAGAAGUCGCUUGCGCGGUUGAAGCCUGAAGACCGUGUGCUUCCCCAGAUUAUCAGAAUGAAGGAGCUUCUGGCACGCGGUAUAGCAGUGCACCACGGUGGUCUGCUACCGAUUGUCAAGGAGCUGGUCGAGAUUCUCUUUGCGCAGACUCUGGUCAAGGUACUCUUUGCGACGGAGACGUUCGCCAUGGGGUUGAACCUCCCAACAAGAACAGUUGUUUUCUCAGGCUACAGGAAACACGACGGUCACUCGUUCCGCAAUCUGCAUGCAGGCGAGUAUACUCAGAUGGCCGGUCGAGCAGGAAGACGUGGUCUCGAUACAGUCGGAUCAGUCAUCAUUGUCCCUCCAGGCGGUGACGAAGCACCUCCCGUGGUUGACCUCCAGAAGAUGAUACUCGGCGAGCCACAAAAACUGCGGUCACAGUUCCGCUUGACCUACAACAUGAUCCUCAACCUUCUCCGAGUUGAAGCUCUCAAGAUCGAAGAAAUGAUUAAGCGCAGUUUCUCUGAGCAUGCUACGCAACAGUUGUUGCCGGAGCACGAGAAGGCCGUCAAGAUCUCGGAGGCGGAUCUGGCCAAGAUCAAGCGCGACUCCUGCGAUAUCUGCGACGUUCACAUGGAUGAGUGCCAUCAAGCCGCACAGGACUAUCGCAGUCUGACGGAAGAGUUGUACAAGGGGAUCCUGAACAUCCCCAUCGGCAGGAAAAUAUUCUCCCGUGGGGCUCUGGUCAUCUUCCAAAAAGAUGGCAUUAGGACACCUGGCAUCUUACUAGCAGAUGGGAUAGGCCUCCAGGUUUCUGCGGACGUCGGUCCUACGGUGCACGUCCUUGAAAUCAAGGCAAAUAGGGACACCCGCGAUUCGACUGACAUGCUACCUUGCAUCCCAGCCUUCCGACCAAUGUUCCAGGACCUCCCCAAACACAAGAAGCACAUCCAAACCAAGGUCAUGCAUGUGCCUCUGUCGGAUGUGGAGGUCGUCACCGGUCACCUUACCAAGGGCAUCAUCCCUGAAAUUUUCCAAGGUGGUGAAGCUGGCAAGGCUGCGAAGGACGCCAUUGUUCAGAUCUGUAAGACUUGGCAGCAUGCAUACUUCGAUGAGGCUGAUCUACGGAGGAUCAAGAACAUGAACCUGCAGGAGAUUGUUGAGAAGAGGAGACAGGCUGCGCAGGCGGUCACCGGCUCUGAUGCUCUGAAGUGCCCUCAGUUCUUGAAACAUUUUGCAAUGUGCCAUGACCAGUGGCUCAUCAAAGAGCACAUCGAGCAACUCCGCCAAGCACUCUCAAACCAGAACCUGCAACUCCUCCCCGACUACGAGCAACGCAUUCAAGUACUCAAGGAUCUAGGAUUCAUCGACGAGGCCUCCCGCAUUCAGCUCAAGGGCAAGGUGGCGUGCGAGAUCCACAGUGGCGACGAGCUCGUUCUCACGGAGCUCAUCCUCGACAACGUGCUGGCCGACUACGAGCCCGCAGAGAUCGCAGCACUGCUGUCGUCCUUCGUGUUCCAGGAGAAGUCAGACAUCGAGCCGGCGCUGACAGGCAGCCUGGAGAAGGGCAGGGACACGAUUGUGGCCAUCAGUGAGAAAGUUAACCGGGUGCAGGAGCUGCACCAGGUGAUCCAGACGUCGGACGAGAGCAACGACUUCGUGUCCAAGCCGCGCUUCGGGCUCAUGGAGGUCGUGCACGAGUGGGCGCGCGGCAUGAGCUUCAAAAACAUCACAGGGCUGACGGACGUGCUCGAGGGCACCAUCGUCCGCACCAUCUCGCGGCUGGACGAGACGUGCCGCGAAGUCAAGAACGCGGCGCGCAUCAUCGGCGAUCCCGAGCUGUACCAGAAGAUGCAGGAGGCACAGGAGAUGAUCAAGAGGGACAUCACUGCCGUGGCGAGUCUAUAUAUGUAA